AAAGUCACCCCACUUGACUAUGAGCGACGCGAUGCACUUUAAUGGAUUUUUUUUGGCGGGCACUUUACGCGUCCACUCUUUUCCCCUGCUAACUUCGCGAAGUGUUUGCUGCAUCACGGUGUCACGUGAGCGAGGCCAAUUUCUAUCAAAUGGCCUCAGUUUGACUGUGAGGCCAAACGACGUCACGGCUAUAUCAACCAGACUUUUGCCGGUUUCAAUAGAAAUGUCUCUCAAAGACUGAACUGGUUUUCUGUUUCCAAGAAAAGAAAAACAACCUCAUGAGGACCGCACUUUUCAGUCUCAUCAAAGCAAGGUCGCAACCUUUCAUUCAGUCUCUGCCCAAAAGGGCAUUUCUCCAGUCGUCGUCCUCUAUAGUCACAAUGGCAACUCCCGCAGAGUCACCCAAGUCGGCCUACAAGCCUAGGUACAUCGAUAUUGGUAUCAACCUGGCCGAUCCCAUUUUCCGAGGUCUGCAUCACGGCAAACAACGCCAUCCGAAUGACCUUGACGGCGUCAUCUCAAGAGCAAAGGAGGUCGGAUGCUCCAAGCUGAUCGUCACAGGCUCCGACUUCACUAGCUCUCGAGACGCUUUAGAGAUUGCGAAGCAGUAUCCCGGCGUCGUCUAUACGACGAUUGGAAUCCACCCGUGCAGCAGUGCGAUAUUUAGCAACUCGGAAGAUGCCGCGGAGGGCGUGCAUACCGACCCGGACCCUUCCAAGCCCAUUCCAGACCACCAUGAGCCGGACCCCGGCAAGACGGAGACCAUCAUCGCCGAGCUCCGUAAUCUCAUUAAGGACUCAACCGCCUCCAAUUCCGGUCUCGUCGCCUUUGGCGAAUUUGGUCUCGAUUAUGAUCGACUACACUACUGCCCCAAGACCAUCCAGACCCACUCCUUCGCGGCGCAGCUCGACCUCGUUCUUGAGACGAAGCCGCAGCUGCCCCUAUUUCUUCACUCGAGAGCCGCACACGAAGACUUCGUUCGCAUUCUCAAGGAAAAAUUCGGCGACAAGCUUGAGAAGCUGGAGAAGGGCGGCGUUGUCCACAGUUUCACUGGCACCUUAGAGGAAGCCAGGGAGCUGAUGGACCUUGGCCUAUACAUUGGCAUCAACGGUUGCAGCUUCAAGACUGAGGAGAAUUGUGAGGUUGUCAAGCAGAUCGCACUCGACAGAAUGAUGAUCGAGACCGACGGCCCGUGGUGCGAGAUUCGGCCAAGCCAUUUUGGUUACAAGUACCUGAUCGAGAAGAAGCCAGAGGCCAACGGUAAUGCAGAAGGGGCGGCGAUGCCGGAACCCGCUCAGAAGCCCCAGGGCAAGAAGAAGAACCAGAAGAAGGAGCCCGAAGUGCCCGAGCGCUUCAAGAUCGUCAAGAAGGAGAAGUGGGAGGAGGGUGCCAUGAUCAAGGGUCGGAACGAGCCCUGCAUGAUUGAGCGUGUCGCUAAGGCUGUAGCAGGCAUCAAAGAAGUGGAUGUCGAAGACAUCUGCGAAGCAGCUUGGACAAACACUGUCAAGGUUUUUGGCGUAGACCAAUAGACGCAUGGAACGACAUAGAAUACUCAUCAAGGGCAUCAAACUCAAUUUGAAGACUUGCAAGCGCUCGGAGCG